GGCCAUUCCAGCACGCCGCGGACGCCGCGCCAUGGCAGCUCUGCAUCCCACAUCGUUCAUGCACCAUGUUGAAACCAUACGUUCUCAGCUGGGGCUUUCCUCCAACCUUCGUAUAGGUCAAGUUAUCUCGAAGGGACAUCAACUCGUGGGAUGGAGGCUUGACGGGAACCUCGUGGAAGCGGCUAGUCGUCUUUAUCAUGAACUGGCAGACCAAUCUAUGCCUACUUCUCCCGCCACGGUCAAUGUUAGUCACACAACAGUACUGGCAGGUCUUCAAGUAGGCAGUUCUCUUGAUACAGAGGAUAUGUCAGACGAUGAUUUUCAGCAAGGCUCUCUUCGUCCUGUGCAGUCCGGGAACAAGAUGUAUGAUCCUAGACAUGACACACCAUCGGCGUACAUGGGAAUAGUCGCAGAUUUCUUGCGACAUGAAUGGCAGCAAGAGGGAUUGGAUGCAGGAGAGGUUUGGCAGGAGGAAUACAUGGCUUCGAACCAGGUCAGUAUUUAUCAGGGGAAGAAGUAAACCCCCGAACCUUGACAGCUAAAUAAUAAUUAAGUUAAAAAGCAGUACCAGGACAGUACUGUCACUUUUACUCAAAGUUAAGUUAUAAAUCAGUUUUAGUUGCUAAUAA